UCAAAAUGUCACUUUUGCUACUUCUUCUCGCUUCUUUAGCAACCUCACAAGCCGAAAUAGGCUGUGUUUUGGACAUCUUGGCUAAAGCUCCAAACGCCCCUCUGGUCGUCAACUCCAGCUUCCAAUACCCGACCCCUAUCUCCAUCCACAACACUCAAAUUUAUUUCUCUCAAGGUGAAUUCUUCUACAUUGCGUGCCCCAAUGGUACCUCCAACUACCCCAUUGUGGGGUCAGGCGAAGUGGCUAUUUGCCACCACAACUCGACAAUUUCCACCCUGAGUAGUGAUUUAGUGGUCGAUUUCCACGAAAUUGAAUGUCGACAAGAAACCAGACCCAAUGUUUUACAUUACAACACAGACACUUUAUGCGAACAUAAUUUUCGGCUCCAUAACAUGGAUAACGUGGUUUUUGGAACCAAUCUCACGAGUAUUUCGAUGUGUUUUGAUUAUCAUUACUACGUACCUUUGUACUCAAAGUAUACGACAAAUCAGUGGUUGGAUAAUAAUCCGAGUUACGACCCAAAUGUUACGUUUUUUAACCCAAGUGAGGUGUUUCAAGGGAAGAAUUUACUCGAGUAUGAAAAGACAGUUAAGGAAAGAAUGGAGAAUUUAGGGUUUGGGGAUUACAUCACAGAUAAUGUCACCCUUAUCUUGGGCCACUUGGCAGAUCCCAGCGAAUUUCUGACGUCUUUUGAACGAGAUUUGACUUUUGACACCUCCAAUGCUGUGUUUCGGUGGAACACAAUCGAUCAGGGUAAUUGGAAGAAGAUCAGACUUGCCAUGCAAGAACUGAUAACCCAUGGUGGUGAUUAUGGAGAUGUUAUCAUGCUUACUGGUGCUCUAAAUGUCGCCACUCUAGUAGGAAAAAAACUCUUUUUAGACACUUUAUUUAAGGCCAUUCCUGUACCACAAUGGAUUUGGAAAUUAAUGUAUUCCAAAACAACCAAAUUUGGGAUUAUAUUUUUUGUCUACAAUAAUCCCUGGAAUAAGAAGAGUCAAGCUGAUUCCGAAUUUGAAUCAGUUUGUGAAAACGUUUUCGAUAGUCUUAAUUGGGUCGACCGUAUUGACAACGAAGAUGCUUUCGCCGGAUAUACUUAUGCCUGCACUUUAGACAGGAAUCAGAUUUUUGAUGACACUAUAGAUAAGAUUGUGCAAAAUGUACUUAAAUAAAAAACAUAUCAAUUGAAAGCA